GCCUCGGGCCAGCGGCCAGGAGCUGCCUCCCCCAGCCCCCGUCCCGCGGCCCCCAGCCGCCCCCAACCCCGCCCCACGGGCCCGGCGCCAUGAGUGAGCUGGAGCAACUGAGACAGGAGGCCGAGCAGCUCCGGAACCAGAUCCGGGACGCCAGAAAAGCAUGUGGGGAUUCCACGUUGACCCAGAUUACAGCUGGGCUGGACCCAGUGGGGAGAAUUCAGAUGAGAACACGCAGGACCCUCCGUGGGCACCUGGCAAAAAUCUAUGCCAUGCACUGGGGGACAGACUCAAGGCUGCUGGUCAGCGCCUCCCAGGAUGGGAAGCUCAUCAUCUGGGACAGCUACACCACCAACAAGGUCCACGCCAUCCCUCUGCGCUCCUCCUGGGUCAUGACCUGUGCCUACGCCCCCUCAGGGAACUUUGUGGCCUGUGGGGGUUUGGACAACAUCUGCUCCAUCUAUAGCCUCAAGACCCGAGAGGGCAACGUCAGGGUCAGCAGGGAGUUGCCCGGUCACACUGGGUACCUUUCAUGCUGCCGCUUCCUGGAUGACAACCAGAUCAUCACCAGCUCUGGGGACACCACCUGUGCCCUGUGGGACAUUGAGACGGGCCAGCAGACGGUGGGCUUCGCUGGACACAGUGGGGAUGUGAUGUCCCUGUCCCUGGCCCCCGACGGCCGCACCUUCGUGUCCGGUGCCUGCGACGCCUCCAUCAAGCUGUGGGACGUGCGGGACUCCAUGUGCCGACAGACGUUCAUAGGGCACGAAUCUGACAUCAAUGCUGUGGCUUUCUUCCCCAAUGGCUACGCCUUCACCACGGGCUCGGACGACGCCACGUGUCGCUUGUUCGACCUGCGGGCCGACCAGGAGCUGCUCAUGUACUCCCACGACAACAUCAUCUGUGGCAUCACCUCGGUUGCCUUCUCGCGCAGCGGCCGGCUGCUGCUUGCCGGCUAUGACGACUUCAACUGCAACAUCUGGGACGCCAUGAAGGGCGACCGCGCAGGUGUCCUCGCCGGCCAUGACAACCGUGUGAGCUGCCUUGGGGUCACGGAUGACGGCAUGGCUGUGGCCACAGGCUCCUGGGACUCCUUCCUCAAGAUCUGGAACUAACCCCCACCCAGAUGGGCCCAGGCAGGGAGCAGCCCUGCCCAUGCCCACACUACAGGCCCGGAGCUUCGGGGCUGGGUACACACGCCAAGCCUCCCUCCCUGGGCUACAGGGCCUUGGGCCCUGCUCCCAUACCCAGGUUUGGUUCCUCCCGGGGGGCCCCCACAGUGGAGAUAAGUUGGGGAUGGAAUGGGGGAAGAAGAGGAAGGGCAGGCGAGCCCUCACCCUUUGCUGCCCUGGGGCCAGGGCCUCACCCCUCUGGAGGGCCAGAGGCAGGAGGUGGAAACUCCAGGGGCUGGCUUUUUUAAACUGGUUUUAUUUUAAUUUUUAUUAUAUUUUCAGUUUUUCCAUAAAGGAACCACUUCCAACUCUG